CUUAGAUAAACCAAAGAAUGAACGUAAAUAAUAUGCAUAAAUCAGGUAAGAUUGAUGGUUUUUACUUUCUCACACUUCUUAAGUAACAGAAUUAUUGACGGAAUUUCAUACAUUAUUUAUGAUGCUUAGAUAAUUUGUUUUCUUUCGAUAUUUUAUUUACUGGUUUAAAAUGUGCACUUGAUGAACUCAUGUGCUAUCACACAUCUCAUGGCCGAUCUGGAACGGAAUCCCUUUCUCGGAAGAUGCAGCAGGCUGCAGUUAAACCACGGAGAGCGCUGUUGGAAUAUGAGCGUGUAUAGAAAGAUCUUUGUUACAAAAUAUACCAGGGUAGUGAUAUUUUCGAAAUAAAAUAAUUAUAUUUGUGGGAAACAUCUCGAAGCAAUAGUGUUUGUUGCGAUGUGCUGGAGUCGAACUUAGUGUACAGUGGAAAUCAAAGCCAGAACCACGUGCGCCGGAAGGGUAUCUGACUUGGUCACGACGCAUAGAAUUAUAAACCAGUCUAUCAGCAGCUCGCAGAAACCAGUACAACACUAGAAAUCAAAGCCAGAACUAUGUACGUGGGAGAUGAAUAUACCUGGUACAGACUCUAUGUAUAAAAAUAUCCUGUUGGAAAGAGAAAUGGUGGGAAGGCCCAAGGAAAGUGUGCUGCAUGUGACAGACCACUUAUCGGAAGAACUAUUGAAGCACUUGGAAAUACAUACCAUGCUUCUUGUUUUAAAUGCCGUGUCUGCAGAAAAGAUUUAUUUGGCACUAAAUUCAAUGUCAGUGGAAAAACAUUGUACUGUGAUGUGCACUAUGCCCAAGAGUUUUCUCCUAAAUGUGCCAAGUGCAAUAAACCAAUAAGAGAGAGACUGGUGGUUGCUCUUGGUAAAAAAUGGCAUGCAGAACAUUUUAAAUGUAUGAAAUGUAGUAAAGAACUGGGAGGUUCAUUUUUUGUUGAACGAGAUGGUAAAGCUUUCUGUGUAGAUUGUUUUCAAAAGUUGUUUUCACCGAAAUGUGCUGGAUGUAAAAGGGUAAUAACAGAUGUGGCAGUAAUUGCCUUGGAUCAAACUUGGCAUACAUUCUGUUUUAGAUGCAAGAUGUGUCGCCAAAUUAUUAAUAAUUCCGAAUUUGGCGUUUAUAAAGGAGAAGCAAUUUUAUUUUUAAAUUCUCUACCCUGA